GUACUAGUAGUAGUACUAGUAGUGGUAGAGGACCCAACACUUUGUGAGUCCAUGCAUAUCAAGUUCGAGAGGUUUUGCAACUUUAUGGUGACAUGGUGCCGUGCUCACUAAUAUAUCAUGCACUGUGUCGCAUAUUACUUGUAUACAUUUUCUACGUCCAAGUACAGGAUCAGACUUUUAUAUAAUAUAUAUAUACCAAACGUGGAUAAUAUAUCAUACACUGUGUCGCAUAUUACUUAGUACAGGGUCAGACUUUUAUGUAAUAUAUAUAUACCAAAUGUGGAUGCGCUAACGUCGUCGGUUACAUCGGUUUCAUCCAGACCACUUCACUUGAGCGAUCAUGCGAGUGAAAUGUACGCGGCUGCAGCCACUUGCGUCCGUGUCGCAUGCGCAGUACCCGUCGCAGGCGGCGGAGGAGCUGGACGUGCUCAAGGCGAUCGUGUGUCGGGAGCUGAGCUUGGACCAGCUGCUCGACGUCACCACGUCGUUUGAGGCAUCCCCUGCCGACAUCCUGUCGUGUGUGCUGAGGGUGCGGGACACGUCGGUCGCCGUGGUCGAAGCCGUCGCAACGUGGCGGAGCUUCAUGGUCCGGCCAGUGCCGUUUCUGUGGCGCGGCGUCAACUACGUGCAUCGCAUGGCGAGUGACGGCGACUUUGUCAGCAAAAGCACGGCGCUUCACCACGCGCUCGGGUUCAAGCUCAAGCGGCGGAAUCCAUUCUGCACCGUCCCUGGUUUGGAUGCGCCGUGGAUGCAGAUCCCCCGAGACGACCCGUCGGCGGCCGGACUGACAGGCGACCGACUGCAUAAAGCCGCCAUGUGCAUUUUGGAAGAAGAGGGCCGCAUGGGCGGGCCGUACAAGCCGCCAAGCACGGACGCGCGGUGGGCGUUUAUGGUGCAGCGAGAAGCCGAACACGUCACGCAGCUGCGGUUUGGCAAACUCAACACGUGACUUAAUAUUCAUGUCGUUUGCGGUCGAGUGGAGUGG